AUGCCAUCCCAACUCCCUUCUGUUCUAACUACAGUUGGUCUCAAUCUUCUACGAAAAAUUGGAGUGCAGACUUCUGUUUUCUUCUCUCCGAUUGAAGUCUCUUUGUCAUUUAUUAAUAGUUCCCUGGAAUCGAAUGAACUUCUACCAACUGAUAUUUUUCAAGUAAAUUCUGAUUUUGAUGAAGGUGAUUUCAAGGAAAAACUGGAAAUGUUGGAGUCAGAUUUGGAGGAAAAAAAUUUAUCCACUACAACAUGGAGAUAUCCAUUCUCUGUUCACCGUAAGAAGCAAUUUGGUAUUGACAAAGACAUCAUCAAACAACUGGAGUUCAUUUCAAUGGAAGUGGAUAAAAACUGUCAGAUUUCCUGUGACCAAGAAGAGAACAUGUCGACAGAAGAUGAAGAUUUCAAAGUGUUAUCUAUUCCAAUGGCUGAGAAUUCUCUUUCUUUUGUAAUUUUCCUUCCAAAAGAAGAUAAGUCUUUAUCAGAAAGUUUAGAGAAAUUAGAAACGGAGGCAUUUCAAAGCCUUCUUCAUGACCUCAGUUUUAUGUAUAUCGACUUCCAAAUUCCGGUUUUCAAAGUCCCCAAAACUUCUGAAACUCUAACAUAUUCGUCACGGAUUUUCAAUUUUCAAGAAUUUGAAUUAACUGACAAAGCAGUGGAAGACAUAGGAAAAUGCCGAAUCAUCCCUAGAAAUUCUACUAGAAUUAUGCAAGCAGCCUGUGAAACCAUCCCAUUACCAUUUCUUGUUGAUCAUCCGUUCUUUUUUGCUGUCAUGACUGAAAAUAUCCCAUUGAUUCUUGGAAUUUUCAAUGGAAAAUGA